AUGUCUCAGAGUAUCCCUGGUGCAAGCCUCUUCACUGGCGGUGGCAUACCUGGCUCAGGGGCAUACGAAUUGGUUGAUGACUACCAACCUAGCGUGUUCUUCAGCAAGUUCAACUUCUACAACUCAUACGAUCCGACAUACGGCCAUGUGCAAUACGUGAACGAAUCGGUUGCUGUCACGAACGGGUAUGCAACUACGAACGAGGACAGCGUUACGAUCAGUGUAGAUACAACGAAUAUGUGGCCGAAUGGCGGGCCAGGACGACCAUCCGUCAGGCUCAUCAGUGAUAACACAUACACUCACGGACUCUUCAUCUUGGAUCUGACCCACAUGCCAUAUGGAUGUGGAACCUGGCCUGCAUUCUGGCUCCUCGGCCCAAAUUGGCCAGCCAAUGGCGAAAUAGACAUCAUCGAAGGUGUACACACUAGUGAGCAGAACACCGUGUCUAUGCACACGAGCGCCAAUUGUACCAUUGCUGGUUCUGGACAGACCGGUCUCUUCACCAAUGCCAACUGUGAUGAAGCUGCAAAUAGCAACUCUGGAUGUGGAAGCAUGGCAAAUGAUACAGCAACUCCCAAUAACUACGGCCAAGGACUUAGCGACAAUGAAGGUGGUGUUUACAUUACCGAGUGGACUUCGGCGUAUGUCCGUGUCUGGUUCUUCCCUCGUGAUGGUAUUCCUUCGAGUGUCACUGAUGGCUCUCCUGAUGUUUCUGAGUUUGGUCUGCCCAUGGCGAACUUCCAAGGUUCCUGCGAUAUCGACUCUCAUUUUGCUAACCACAGUAUCAUCAUCAAUACUGAUUUCUGUGGUGCAUGGGCUGGAUUUGCUUAUUCGAACUUCCCGAACUGUCCAUUGACAGCUGGCGCAAAUGGCUACGACUCGUGUGUCGAUUUUGUAGGCAACAACCCACAAAACUUCACACAGGCAUACUGGGAAAUCAACUCGAUUAGGGUCUACCAGUUG